ACACCUUUACCGAUCACAGAUAAGCACUCCUAUGCUAUCAAGUACCAUUACACAAGCUGCUACUUGUGACAUGUGACAGUUAACAUAUGGCGUGCCGAAUUAAGGCAAACAAGUUAUGAAUCGCAGAAAGAGCCUUCAGUCUCAACGAAACGGUUGGUUCGAACCAAAUCCUGAUGGCUGAAAAUGGUUCAAUUCAGAGCUUUUGGAAACAUCUCUAGUACUAAGCCAUCCCGAUUUCUCGGGAAAUCCUAGCAGGAUGACCUUAGCAGCGCACCCACAGGAGAUUGUUGUUGAUGGACGUGAUUGAGAAGGGAGUGAAUUCGCUAGCGCGAGAGAAGGAUAAUAUCGAAAAUGAUGCCUAGAGUUGGAGGAUCGUCUAACCUCAAUAUCAAAAACCGCAGGACCGUCAGAAGAAAAACAAUGGAGAAACGCGAAUGCGAAGGGCAACGGCGAGCGGCGGAAAUCCUAGCUGGAAGCGUCGGCUUCGUCGGAGUAAACCCUGGCCGCUUCCAGACCAUGUGCAUCAGCCACCAACGGGUGUUCUGCGAAUGACCUAUUCUUCGGACAAAUGUCACCAGAAAGGGUCCACAAUGUCACAUCGGUUUACUGACGUCUCUGAGUCCUGUCGUAUAUAAAUGGAGUGGCCUCAAGUAAUUUUCCAGGCUACUGCUCUGCUUGUACUUUAGCACUGGACGAUCAUGGCGUGCAUUGUAUUCCACAGACGACCACGCUUUCCAGGUCCCUCGGGACUACCUUUGCUAGGGAACAUCUUUCAGAUACCCCGCGGUCGGCAAUGGCUUAAGUUCGACGAGUGGAUCCGUCUUUAUGGCGAUGUCGUUGGACUGCAUGUCUUAGGUCAGCCAACGGUUAUCCUGGGAUCAGCCAAGGUAGCCAAUGAUCUUUUGGAUGUCCGAGGCAACCUAUAUUCGGACAGACCAGUCUCUAUCAUGGCUGGCGAACUUGCCGGUUGGGACCAAGGGUUAGGCUACUCUCCAGGUCCACAUCAAUAUCGCUUCCGUGAAUUUCGUAGACUCUGUCAUCGGUUCAUUGGGCCUCGACCUUCGCAACAUCCUCGUAUUCUACGUAUGCAAGAGCAGUCUGCGGCAAGUUUGCUUGUUAAGAUCCUACAGGAACCAACACAAUUCAUGACUCAUGCCAGGCAGUCCACUGGAGCCGUCAUUCUUCAAUUAGCUUAUGGCUAUAAGGUGAUCAAAGAUCAAGACGAAGACCCAUUAGUAAAAAUUGUCGAGAAGGCAAUGCAAGGAUUCGCGAAAGCCUCCGAACCUGGCGCUUUUCUCGUCGAUUAUUUCCCUAUAUUGAAAUACAUACCAGAUUGGACACCUGGAGCCAGUUUCAAGCGUGUUGCGAAGUUAAUGCGGCACGACCUAAAAAAACUCUAUGACGUCCCAUUCGAUUUUGUCAAGCGGUCCAUGAAGGACAGCACCGUCACAUCCUCAUUUACGUCCGCUUAUCUCGAGGAGAAAGGGACGCCAACUAAGGAGGAUGAAGGACUAAUCAAGGCGGCAGCAGCUUCUUUAUAUUCAGCGGGAGCAGAUACCACGCCUUCCUCUAUUACUUCCUUCAUUCUUGCAAUGAUCCUACAUCCAUUGGUCCAAGCUCGAGCCCAAGCUGAACUUGAUUCGGUCCUUGGAAAAUCUUGGGAACGACUCCCAGCAUUCUUCGAUCGCGAUUCGCUGCCCUAUGUGAAUGCCAUUGUCUUGGAGCUCUAUAGAUGGAACCCAAGUGUUCCUCUAGGUUUGGCCCACCGACUGACCCAGGAUGAUGUGUACCGAGGACGUGUUCUUCCCAAAGGUACCAUAGUGUGGGCGAACAUCUGGACAAUGCUUCAUGAUGAGAAUAUCUUCCCAGAUCCGACGGAAUUUCGUCCUGAAAGAUUUCUAGACGAAUUUGGCAAGCAGAGGACUCUUGAACGCCAUGAAGAUCCUUCCGUCAUCGGGUUUGGUUUCGGUCGACGGAUAUGCCCCGGCAUGUUCUUUGCGGACAACACUGUCUUCAUCACCAUUGUAAUGAUGUUGUAUGUCUUCAAGAUCUCGAAGGCAAGGGAUGACCAGGGAAGAGAGAUUGAACCCCGGGUUGAAUACGAUGGUUUCAUUAGUCACCCAAGGCCAUUCCAGUGCACAAUUGAACCACGUUCGGAGGAGGCAGAGCUUCUCAUCCGGCGAGAGUGUGUCGGCUAACGGGAAAGUCAGCAGCGAGGAUCAUUCAGAACUUUGGACUCAACUCUGGCAGGUGAAGUAUAGUAAAAAUAAGUGUCAAGAUACUGUUACGUGGUGUUCUCUUGAGAACAAAUCAACCCGUACAGUUCUAGGCAAUGAAUAAACAUUUUCAACAAUA